AUGACCGCUUCCCGCAUCGCUGUCUCGACAGCCAACAAAAUCCUAGGGUCCGCGAAGUUACCAGACUUUUCCCGUAUCCUCCCUCCCGACGCCGUCUUUGCCUCGGCUCAAAAAAGCGGCUUUCUAAAAUGCAACAGAGUCGAAGCAACGACUGUACUUUCUGCGAUAUGGCAAACAACGCAGCAGAGUAUGCAGGGAAACUAUGCCCUGCAGCAGCAGCAAGCCGCGUCUGUGGCAAAUAUUUGCGCAGCCCAUAACUUCUCCCCCUCAAACUUCACCUCCCUCGCCCUCCUCCUCCAACAAUCCCCACCAACAGCUAAUACAAAAUCUCUCCCAACCGAUCUCCUCUCUCUCGCCGAACUCCUGAACGACCCACCCGCAAUCCUCAAAUCCGCAAAAUCCAAAAUCUCCUCCUCCCGAAGUAUUCCACUCCUAGAAUCCACCCAGAUCUGGAAAAAACUCUUAUAUCUAGCAAACACCUCAAAUAUCCCCGAAGCCCACGAACUAAUCGCAGAAACUUACCAAAAUGCGAAAAGUAUACAAAAGGCGCAGGAAUAUUGGACAAAGGCCGCGGAGGCAGGUAGUGGGAAAGCAUGUUUGGUGAUGGGCCGACAGGCUAUCGUAAUAGGUAAAAAGGAUGUAGCAGUUCAUGCAUUUGAAAGAGCAAAGGAAUUGGGUGAAGCAGAGGCGUAUUAUGAACUCGGGAUUUUACAGAUUAAGGAUGGUGAUGAUGGUGACAAUAAGGCAAGAAAGGGGGAAGCAGAAUAUAAUCUUUCCGUUGCGGCUGCAUCGGGUAUUGUUCGUGCCGCAGUCAAAUUGGCUGAACUGUGCAAAUCACGCAAUGACUUGGUUAUGGCCGAACAAUGGGAGAAUGUAGCGAGUGAGAUGAAAGCAAUUGAGUAA